UCUUAUUACGUAACCACCUCAUAGACUGGCUCACCCAAACAGUACUAAGUCUGACUAAUUCGGUUUUAAUUUUCAACGACAUGGAUUCAACAACCGCCAAAGACUCGGAGAAGACGUGCGUCUUGUGCUGUCAAGAAAACGAUAUCUUCGCCUUGGGAAAAUGCGACCACCCGGUGUGCUACCGCUGCUCCACCAAGAUGAGGGUGCUGUGCGACCAGAAGUACUGCGCCGUCUGCCGGGAGGAGCUUGACAAGGUGGUGUUCAUUAAAAAGCUGGAGGCCUUUCAGUCUCUGCCCUAUCAGCAGUUCCCCUGUGAGAACAAACACGACAUCUAUUUUGCUGAUGAAAUGAUCUUUGCUAAAUACAGGCGUCUGCUGUUGUCAGAGUGUCCUCUCUGCCGGGAGCCGAAAGUUUUCUCCAGAUUUGAGGAACUGGAGCAGCACAUGAGGAAGCAGCACGAGCUCUUCUGUUGCAAGCUCUGCCUGAAACAUCUGAAGAUCUUUUCUUAUGAGCGGAAGUGGUACAAUCGUAAGGAGCUGGCGCGACAUAGAGCGCACGGAGACCCGGAUGACACCAGUCACAGAGGACACCCGCUCUGCAAGUUCUGCGACGAUCGUUACCUGGAUAACGAUGAGCUGCUGAAGCACCUGCGCAGGGACCACUACUUCUGUCAUUUCUGCGACGCAGACGGUUCUCAGGAAUACUACAGUAAUUACAGAUAUCUGAGUGAGCACUUCAGGGAGAGUCACUAUCUGUGCGAAGAAGGUCGCUGCGCCACCGAACAGUUCACCCACGCUUUCCGGACCGAGAUCGACUACAAGGCCCACAAAGCUGCCGCACACAGCAAGAACCGAGCAGAGGCUCGACAGAACCGCCAAAUUGACCUGCAGUUUACCUAUGCCCCGAGACAACAGAGGAGACAUGAAGGUCAGGUGAGCGGCGAGGACUACGAGGAAAUGCGCCACAAUCGAGGAGGACGCGGAAGACCACAGAUGGGACAGAAGAGCUGGAGGUAUUCUCGUGAACGAGAGGAGGAGGACAGGCAGAUGGAAGCUGCUAUGAGGGCUUCCAUGGCGAUGCGUAGACAAGCAGAGAGAGCUGCUGUGCAGGAGAGGAGCACUCCCAAACACUGCAGAGAGGAAAGGACCGAGAGAGUAGAAGCAGCUGCAGAGCCCAGACCUCUGACAGGACAUUUCAAAGCAACUAAUAAACCCCCAGUGAAAACUAUGAAGAGCACCAAUCCAGGAGAUGAAGAUGACUUCCCUAUUCUAGGAGCCACAGCAGGGGCACCCAUUGUAAAACCAGCACCAGCAGCAUCCACAGCAGUUCGUGCAGCUCUGAAGGAAGACGAUUUCCCCAGCCUCUCUAGUGCUGCAGUCACAACCCCGAUGACCCCAGCGUACUCCGGACAACCGAAGAAGACGUCCUCGUUUCAGGAGGAGGACUUCCCUGCUCUGGUCUCCAAAGUGCGAACUUUGAAACCCGCGUCAGGCGCCAACGUGGCGUGGUCCAGCCAUACUGCUGCUCCUAAAACUGACACUCGUCAGCCUCCUCCCGCCAGAGCGCCCCCUCCUGUCUCAUCUGCACCCUCCGGCCCUCAGCUCCUCUCGUCCCUAAGCUCUUCGUCUUCACGCAGGAAGAAGAAAGUCGGGGAGAAGGCAGCGUCUCAGCCCUCCCCUCCUCUCUCCGACGAUGAGAGUGGAGGAAUGACGCAGCAGGAGUUCCGCUCGGUGCCCACCAUGUUGGAUAUCUCCUCUCUGCUCACUGUUAGAGGAGGAAACGCCAAACCACCCACUGUGACCUCCCCCUCUUCCCAUCCAACCCCCAACACAGAUCAUCCUUCCACCAAGUCCAACAAGAAGAAAAAAACGAAAAACCCGACUGACUCCUCUGCGUCUGUGUCCACGAUGUUGGGAGGGACAGCAGCUGUGGGCACAAGCUCCGUGGAAACGACGGCGCAGAAGGAAAAUGUCCCGGAGAAAACUCGGAACAAACCACUUUCUAAUGCUGCUCCAGUGCCAGUUAUGAACGGAGUCACUAAUGGCAGGGCUGACACACCACCAGCUGUUUCUAGAGAGUCGCUAACGGUGACCCCCUCCCCCAUCACAGAGCCCCCUCCUGGACCGGAGGAAGAGUUCCCCGCUCUCAUAACAAAGAAACCCCCACCAGGUUUCAAGACCUCUUUCCCAGUGAAGGCCUCAGCAGCUAACACACCCCCUGCUAUGCCCAAACCUCCACCUGGUCUGGGACUCUCGGCCCCCAAACCGCCCCCAGGUUUCACAGGAAUCGCCCUGAACAGCAAUGUGGUGGAGCCUGUCGUCAAUCAGCCUCCCAAGGUGCUUAGCAGUGAGUAUCUAGUGCCAGACGACUUCCAGCAGAGAAACUUGGAGCUAAUUCAGUCCAUUAAAAAGUUCCUGAAUAAUGACGAGUCAAAGUUCAACCAGUUCAAGAACUACUCUGCUCAGUUCAGACAGAGUUUGAUCCCAGCAGCCCAGUACCACCGCAGCUGUAAGGACCUGCUCGGAGACGACUUCAGCCGCAUCUUCAACGAGCUGCUGGUGCUCUUACCGGACACGGGGAAGCAGCAGGAGCUCCUGGGCGCCCACGGAGACUGCAGGGCUCUGGAGAAGCAGUCCGGUGCUGGGGCAGGGAAGAAGAGCAAGAACAAGAAGAAUGCCUGGCAGGUGCCUGCCACAGCGCAGAACAUGGCCGCUGAGCUGGACUGUCAGGUGUGCCCCACCUGCAGACAGGUGCUGGCCCCCAAAGACUUCAACUCCCACAAGACCCUGCACAUCAGGGAGAACGAGGAGUUCCCUUCCCUGCAGUCCAUCAGCCGAAUCAUCAGCUAGCCCCUGCUGCUUUGUUUGCUGUUGUGGGGGUAGUUUUGUUGCCCCCCCACCUGCAGUUCAGUGGAAGCCUUGCAGCAGUCUGUGGGUCAACAGCCUGUCUCCUGCUUGACCACGCACCUGGGGGGCCGAGGCCUGACUCACAACAGCAGGUUUAUGGUGUUUUCUCUUUGAAGGUUUUAUUGAUGGUUCGUGUGGACGAUGUCCUGAUCAGACAGGAGGACGCCUAAUGUUUGUGCUCGCAUCCUUAGAGGGCGUCUUCACCCGACACUCGCACCAAAUCACAACUCCGUUCCAUC